AUGAACUCAGACAUACAAAAGGUUUUUGAUAUGGCUAAAAGUUCAUCAAGUUUCAGAGCACCCUGGUUCUUAAGGCUAAUGAAUGUAGCAGACGAACUUAUUCUGUCCAUUCCAGAUGAUGCUGCGUGCAAACUAUGGGGUGUUGAUAAAGGCCCUACCAAUUUGAAGGCUGAUUGUAUUUUGUUAUUUACAAAAGGUUUUGGUCAUUUUUUCCAUUUAAAAGUUUUUGGAAAAAAUGGUGUUGAAAUAAAUUUUCCUGAUGUAGAUGUUGAUCAGGUUGAAGCUUCACCUAUCGAUGCUGAAAAUGAAGCUGAUGAUCAAAUAGAUGGUUAUGUUCGUCGUUUUAGUCGUUUUAGUCGUAUGGCUGGAGAACGUUAUUUUAGGAUUCCUGAUCCUGUUUCACGGAUGGCUAGACUUCAUGAUGGUUUAAGAGAUAUCACCGUUAGGAUUAUGCAUUUUGAUCCACCAAAGCAAUUUACCAACGGUACAAGACGUGAAAAAAAACCGGCGGAGAUCACCUUGCUCAACGAUAUCGAUGCUCUUACCACAAACUACACUAUCAAGGUUAAAAUUGUUAGUUUGUGGAGGAAGAAGAUGAGGGAUAAUGAAAGGAAGACAUAUCGUAUAGAUAUGAUACUGAUGGAUGAAAAGAGGGUAGCAAGAUUCAAGCUUCUUGCUUGCAUAGGCUAUUUUCAAAGUUUGAGAGAUUUCAUUGGUUAUGUUGGUGUUUGUUAUAACAUCGAGGAGACUAACAAAAAGGAUGGUAGUAAAGGGAAACGCCUUAAUCUUAAGCUUCAAGAUCUUGAAGAUGUUCAGAUCGAUUUAACUCUUUGGGAUGAUUACGCUAAGGACAUGUAUUCUUACAUGAUUAGUGAAAAGCAUGAAGCACAUGUUGUCGCUGUUGUCCAUUUUGGUUCAGUUAAAACAUACAAAGGCAAAUGGGGAUUUUCUAAUAACUUUGAUGGUUCACGACUUUUCAUUAACGAGAAUUUUGAUGACAUGCUAUUGUUUCUUGCAAAACUUUCUGCUUCAACUGAGUCAAGUAGCCAUGCUGGGUCAUAUAUGAUGUCUUCUGUCGAAGAUGAAUUUUUAAAGAAUGAUGUUUUUUCACCAAUUGCUUAUCUUGCAUCAAUCUUAGAGCCAAAGAAAGUUGUUGUUGUUGGAACUAUUGUAGCAAUCGUUUCAGAUAAGAUGUGGUAUUAUGAUGGGUGUAACUAUUGCAAGUCAAAAGUUGAGCAAAAGUUUGAAACCUACGAUAAGGAUGAUGGAACAAGUGAUGUCAGAGAUGAGAAGUUGUAUCAAUGUUCUAACAAGGAUUGUAAUGGAAAAGAAGUUUUCCCGCUGUCCAGGUUUAAAAUACCGAUUCGCGUUCAAGAUUCAACCGGUACUGUGACGCUUACAUUAUUUGACCACGAGGCGUUGAUGUUUGUUGGGAAAACUGCAAAAGAACUUAUACAAAUUCAGGAUAAGUUAUUGAAGACAAAUGAUUUUCCAAGAGAAUAUCCCGUUGAAUUUGAAGAGUUGGUUAACCUAAAGUGUGCUUUCGUGAUUAAAGUAACUGACUUUACUAUUGUCAAUGCUGUUGAGAAUUAUGGAAUAUCAGUUGUUACGACUGAUGAUGACAUCUUCGAUAAGCUCAACAAAAAAUUUAAAAUUGACCAACUUGAUGUUCCUGAAUCUUUUGGUAUGAGUCAGUCUGAGUUCCAAACUUCUGGUGCUGAAUGUUUGAAGGAUUCUGAUUCUUACACUGGGGAUAACACCACACCUGUUUCAAAGGAUAUUGUGUGUGAGUUGAAACAAUCAUCUUCUGAUAUGAAGCGUAACAUUGAUGAUGUUUAUUUGAAUGAAGUGGGAUUGGCGUCCUCAGCAACUGAGCAAGCUAAAUGUAAACGUUCGUUAAGAAAACUAUAUCUUGAUAAUAAGAAAUCAAGUGCAGAUGCAUUUCCGGAUUAUGUUGUUAGAGCUGUAGAGGCUAAACACAGGCGCAAGUUAAGAAAACUAUACCUUGAUAGUAAGAGAUCAAAGAUUACUAAAAAAUUCAUUUCUAGGGGUGGUGCUUUGACGUCGUCAUCAUCAACACGAAUCCUUUUAAAUAACAAAGAGAAUUUAACUCCCAAUAUUUCAAUCACAACCUUUCCUACCGAAUCUUCAACUGUUAUUGGGACAAGUAAUCAGACUGCUUUGUCCGUUAAUGUAAGAUCUUCCAUAAUUACACAAUCUACUUUGAAGAAGAAAGGAAAUGUACUACAAGAUCAGUUUACAACACCCAACCGUACACCAUUUGCAAACAUAGCAAACAUAAUCCCAGAUAAUAUUGCAAGCUCAUCAACUUUACCAUUGAAUGACUGCUAUUCUCUUAAUCCCAGAAUAACCAAUAAACGUAACACAACAUCUUUGACCUCUGAAUCUAGCUCGAUAAAAAAGAUGUCUUCUGGAAAGCGUAGACUUAUUCAUAAACCAAUUGAAAUAGAACCCAUACCAAUGGCUGUUCUUGAUUCUGAUGAUGAAAAUCAUGUUAACGAGGUUGUGUUAGACGCCACCAAAGGCGUAUCUAAAGAUUACGUUGACCAUGGUGACCAAUCUCUUACGUGUGGUUUAUGCUUUGCAAAGUUAUGGCCAACCGAAGGUGGAAAGGGUCGCAUUACACUUCAAAAGCAAACUUAUAGCUUAUGUUGUGGAUAUGGUAAAGUUGACUUGCCUGAAUAUAAAGAUUCUGAACCAUCUUAUCAGAUGCUUUUUCGCUGUUUAGAUCACGAAAGCAAGUUUUUCUUAAAGAACAUAAGGCGUUACAAUUCUAUGUUUUCCUUUACUUCAAUGGGAGGAAAAUUAGAUACUAAAAUAAACAAAGGUAAUGCUCCAUUUGUUUAUAGAAUCAGUGGUCAGAAUGCACAUAGUAUGGGUAGUCUUCUUCCUAAGCAUGGAGCCCAGCCAAAAUUUUCACAGCUUUAUAUCUAUGAUACUAAGAAUGAGCUUGCUAAUAGGGAGUUGUUAUUCAGUGAUUCUUCAAGCAAAGCAUCUUUAAGGGCAAAGGAACUUGAUGUUAAAUUUAUAAAGUUUAUUACGAACAUGUUAGAUUCUACAAAUAUGUUGGUUAAAACUUACAGGAUGGUACGAGACCAUCUCCAUGAGAAUCCUAAUGUUACCCUUAAACUUCGUAUAAUCUCACAGAGAGAUCGAGACGGUAGGACUUACAAUUUACCUACGUGUUCUGUUGUUGCUGAUUUGAUAGUUGAUGAACCUGAUCUCAAGAUAGAAAGCCGGGAUAUUAUUGUAGAAAAGCGUUCCGAAGAUCUUAAGCGUAUUAGCGAGUUACAUCCUUCUUAUCUUGCUCUACAGUAUCCAAUUCUUUUUCCGUAUGGAGACGAUGGAUAUAGGAUUAACAUUCCUCAUAAGGAUUUUGGUCCUAAUACAAAGAAGACAAGACCAACUUGUACUAUGAGGGAGUUUUUUGCAUUUAGAAUUCAGGAUAGGCAUAACAAGUUUUCUCUAAUUCUUAAUGCAAGAAGGUUGUUUCAGCAGUUUUUAGUCGAUGCCUACACAAUGAUUGAAAGCGAGAGGUUAAACUACAUACGUUUUCAGCUAAUCAAACUGAGGUCUGAUUCGCUUAACAGUCUUAAAAAUGUUCAAGAUGUUGGUCAGAGUGAUUUGAGUCAUACAGGACAACCUGUUAUAUUACCUUCAUCUUUUACUGGUGGUUCUCGCUACAUGAUGCAAAAUUACUUAGAUGCUAUGGCGUUAUGUCGGAAGUAUGGGUAUCCUGAUUUCUUUAUCACAAUCACAUGUAAUGCGAAAUGGCCUGAGAUUGUAAGAUUUAUUGGUGACUCUUCAAUUAAGCCAGAAGACAGACCUGACAUACUUUGUCGAUUGUUUAAGAUGAAACUUGAUGAAUUGAUAAAAGAUAUGAAGCAAAAAAAUAUUUUUGGCGAUAUUAAUGCAGUUGUUUAUACAGUUGAGUUUCAGAAGCGUGGUUUGCCACAUGCGCAUAUUUGCUUAUUUAUGAAAGCUGAUCAUAAGCUUCCUACUGUUGAACACAUCGAUCCCUUUAUCUCAGCUGAAAUUCCUGAUAAAAACGAGGAUCCUGAAUUGUAUUCUCUUGUGAGUGACUUUAUGAUUCAUGGUCCUUGUGGACAUGCCAACAUGAAAUGUCCGUGCAUGGUUGGGAACCGUUGUUCUAAGAAUUUUCCAAAAAGGUUUUUGGAAUCCACUUCCAUUGAUUCUGAUGGAUUUCCCGUUUAUAGGAGAAGAGAUUCUGGUCACACAGUUGUGAAGAAGGGUGUUACUUUAGACAAUAGGAGUGUAGUUCCAUACAACAAAAAGCUACUUAAAAGAUAUCAGGCCCACAUCAAUGUGGAGUGGUGCAAUCAGGCUGGCUCAAUAAAGUAUUUGUUUAAAUACAUUAACAAAGGACCUGAUCGAGCCACUGUUGCUGUUUUUGAUUCAGACAGAGGCCCUGAUGAGGAGAUUCCAAAAGAUGAAAUUAAAGAAUAUUACGAAGCUAGAUAUAUGAACAAUUCUAAGCCUGAAGCAAGAGAACUUGCUUAUGUUGACUUUCCUUCAAAAUAUGUGUGGAAGUUAAAAGAUCGUUGCUGGCAGGAACGCCAAAAUUAUGUUGUUAUUGGGAGAAUUUAUUCUGCGUCUCCUUCUCUUGGUGAGGCUUAUUACCUAAGAAUUCUUCUUACUAAGGUUAAAGGACCACGAUCAUUUGAAGAAAUCAGAACAUACGAUGGUGUUGUUUAUCCUACUUUUAGGGACACGUGUUAUGCACGUGGCCUGUUAGAUGAUGACAACGAAUAUAUCGAAUGUAUUAAAGAAUCAACUUUCACUGGAAACGGUCAUUAUCUUCGUUCUUUGUUUGGAACACUUCUAUUGUCUAAUACCCUUUCUAGACCUGAAUUUGUUUGGGAGAAAACGUGA